GGAUCCGCCUCGCCGGCUGCGGCCGGCCGGGCUGGGAGACCCGCGCCGGGGAGAAGGUGAGGGAAUCCGGCGGGCAGCCCCGCACAGCCCGGGAAAUGAGCGCUUGGAAACCUGCCUGCGAACGGACCCAUGAUCGAAGGACCAAAGGAGCCGCGUGAUCGCCAGACCUGGCCCCGCGACCCCAGACAUGGGUCAGACCUCGGUCUCCACGCUGUCCCCGCAGCCCAGCAGCGUUGAUGGACUGGACAAAGCUUCUGUAGCAAAUUCGGAUGGCCCAACAGCAGGUUCCCAAACGCCUCCCUUCAAGAGAAAGGGGAAACUCUCCACCAUCGGUAAAAUCUUUAAGCCUUGGAAAUGGAGGAAAAAGAAGACCAGUGACAAAUUUAGAGAAACCUCAGCAGUAUUAGAAAGGAAGAUAUCCACAAGACAAAGUAGAGAGGAGCUGAUAAGAAGGGGCGUUCUUAAGGAGUUGCCUGAUCAAGAUGGAGAUGUAACAGUUAACUUUGAAAAUUCAAACGGGCACAUGAUACACAUCGGAGAGGAAUCUACCCGAGAGGAAAAUGUAGUAAAAUCUGAAGAAGGUAAUGGCUCUGUAGCUGAAAAAUCACCACCUCUGGAGGAAAAGGCAGAAGAUAAGAAAGAGAACACUGAAAACCACUCUGCAACACCAGCAGCUCCUGUUCCGUCUCCUCCAGCUCUUCCUAAGCCUAAACCCAAACCUAAGCCCAAAAAAACACCUGUGCCUCCAAAAGGGGCUGCUGCCGGGGCAAGCCCCAGGGGUGACGAAGUGCCUCCUAUUAAAAAAAUUACCAAGGCUCCUGGUAAGCAGGCCCCCGUCCCUCCACCCAAGCCAACGAGCCGAAACACGACCCGAGAGGCUGCUGGUUCCUCUCAUUCAAAAAAAACAACUGGGUCCAAAGCAUCAGCUUCACCAUCUACUUCCUCCACCUCGUCUCGUCCCAAAGCUUCAAAGGAGACACUUUCUAGCAAAACAGGGACAGUGGGAAUCACAAAGGGCAAGAAAAAAACUGGCAAGCAGCCAGCCUCUCGCCCGUCCUUGGAUGCAACCACUUCUGGCACAUUUGACCUUAAAGGAGAACCUUCUGAGACGAGGGUGGAGAGUCUCAAGCCUGAGCAGACUGUCCCUGGGACCGAUGAGCAGACCACAGGCAAAUCUAAGUCUGCAGUCCCUCCACCUCCUGUGGCUCCUCCACCUCCUCUCCCCUCCCCUCCUCUUCCUCAUGAGGAGCAGUGCGCUUUUGCCUCCGACACUCCUGUUGUCCUGGUCAGCAAUGGAGCUGACCUGCCCAUCCCUGCCUUAGACCCAAGUCAGCUUCUCUGGACCGAAGAGCCCACCAACAGAACCACUGUCCUCUCAGGCACUGGCUUAAGUGUUAGCAGAGAAAAUGCAAAAUGCCCUGCCCCAGGAAUGUCACAGGCUACUGGAGAAGAUGACAUCGGUCCUACUGACAGUUUUACAACCAAAGAUGAGCCGGGAAAGGUGGCAGCUCAGCUACUGAUUCCUGGGCUGACGGGAGAAUCUUCAGAAUCCUUCAGUGCCCCUGAGGAUGAAGGCCAGAGGGAGGCCCAGGCCAAUGACUCGGACUCUGAUGGGCCUGUCUUGUACACUGAUGAUGACGAUGAUGAAGAGGAGGAGGAGGAUGGCAGUGGAGAAAGUGCUUUGGCAAGUAAAAUACGACGAAGGGAUACUCUUGCUAUCAAACUUGGCAACAGACCAUCAAAGAAGGAACUAGAGGACAAAAACAUCUUGCAGCGCACGUCUGAAGAGGAGAGGCAGGAGAUCCGACAGCAAAUUGGAACCAAGCUCGUCAGGAGACUUAGCCAGAGGCCCACGACUGAAGAAUUAGAGCAAAGAAAUAUCCUAAAACGUGAGUAUCUUAUAUUCUACAAUGAUUCCUCAUGUAACCAUUAA